UAGGCUAAACCGAACAACUUGGCAAGUCAAUUGUGAGUAGUGGAAAGGAUCCGAACACGUCAGAGUGAUUUAUGGUCUCUACCAUAUCCACUUUGUGGUUUUCGUCAUUUGAAGUGUCCGCCCCACUCAUCCCCCUCCGGCGGCCACACACUGAUUGCAGAUACACCACCACCACCGCUACCUCCUCCCCGACUCUACUAAGAAACUAAGAAUACGCACAAAAACACCCACGCAAAGCAAAUCCAGAGUUCCGUUUCCCUGACAUUCCCAGGAGUAAUCUUCAUAAGUUGCGGAUGAAAAAUUGAGGACUAAAAACAGCUGUAAAUUGCAUGAGCUCCAUGAGGUGGCUGCAUGAGUUUUCAUCUGGAAGCAGCAGAAUCAGGAGAAAUAGUUGUGCCGGUAAUCGGGGAAAAGUUGGGGAAGGUUUGGAGUAAUAGUGUAGCACAAGAGGAGGACGGCCAUGGGUGUUGUUGUCAUUGCUCAUGGUCAGCCUUUCGCCGUUCUCCGCAGACUCCAAGCUCAUCCUACGUCGUCUUCUUGUCUUAGACUGCGUCCUUCUCACCUCUCUUCUGCACCACGAUGGUUGAAUCCCCAUUUUGCCUCUCCCAGGCUUGGCGCGUUUAAUUUAAGGUGUUCGUUGACUAACACUGAUGUCUUGAAUCCUGUUGCAACCGAGGAAGUCUAUAAUGAUGCCACAUCUCUUGAUUCAAAUUGUUCGAUUCCAGUUGUUCAUCUCAAAUCUGAUACUCUGGAGACAGAAGGACUGAACUUACUUGUUGGGGGCACCUAUGUGGACACCAUUUUGACAGCAUUGCCUGUCUUAUCAGUGGAGGAGCAGAAUGCGAUUGCUGCAACUCCUGCUCAUCCAGCUGGACUCUAUGCUUUAUAUGCUAGCUGCUUGGCUGGGAAUCUGGUUGAACAGCUCUGGAAUUUUGCUUGGCCAGCUGCCAUUACAAUGAUCCAUCCAAGUCUUCUUCCUGUGGCUGUCAUGGGCUUCUUUGCAAAGCUUGCAGUAAUUGUUGGUGGCCCUCCGGUAGGGAAACUUAUGGAUCAUUUUCCUAGAGUACCCGCAUAUAAUAGUUUGACUGUUGUCCAGGCAGCUGCUCAGUUAUUAUCUGUUGGAAUGAUAAUUCAUGCACAUACUGUCCUCUCUGCACCUGGGUCUCCUGUUCUUGUCCAACCUUGGUUUGUUGUACUUGUGAUAGCUUUGGCUGUUGAAAGGCUCUCUGGACUGGCUCUGGGGGUUGCGAUGGAGCGUGACUGGGUUGUUUUGUUGGCAGGAACAAAUAGACCAAUUGCUCUUGCUCAAGCAAAUGCAAUACUGAGUAGAAUUGAUCUCUUAUGCGAGAUUGCAGGAGCAUCAUUAUUUGGCAUUUUCUUAUCCAAACAUGAACCAGUAACAUGCUUAAAGCUGGCAGCUAGUUUGAUGAUAUGGUCGCUACCUGUUGUGGUUGUUCUUACAUGGUUAACUAACAAGCUUUCUGCUGGAGUCCUGGACCGAGCCAAAUGUCCACAAAUUUGUGAGAGUUCCUCUGCAGUAUGUAUGCCAGAUACCAAAAACAUAUUGGCUACAAGUAUAGAAGCUAUCAAGCAUGGGUGGUUUGAAUAUAUUCAGCAGCCUGUUCUUCCAGCAAGUCUUGCUUAUGUGUUGCUCUACUUCAAUGUUGUUCUUGCUCCUGGAGGUUUGAUGACUGCUUUCUUAACACAACAUGGUCUAAAUCCUACAAUUAUUGGAGGGUUCAGUGGUCUAUGUGCAUUCAUGGGGGUUGCAGCAACAUUUGUGUCUGCAAAGAUGGUUGAGCGACUUGGCAUUCUGAGGGCUGGAGCAGCCGGCCUCGUCUUUCAGGCAACACUUCUUACCAUCGCAGUUGCUGUGUAUUGGAGUGGUUCGCUUUCUCAGAAAAUUCCAGUUGUAUUCUUCUUGUGUUUAAUUGUAUUAUCUAGAUUGGGACACAUGUCAUAUGAUGUCGUAGGGUCACAGAUUUUACAAACCGGGAUCCCUGCAUCUAAAGUUAAUCUUAUCGGGACAACAGAGAUUGCGGUUGCUAGUUUGGCAGAGUCAGUGAUGUUAGGGGUUGCAAUAAUUGCUAAUGAUGUUUCGCAUUUCGGUCUUUUAGCAAUCUUGUCACUUCUAUCAGUGGUUGGGGCAGCUUGGUUAUACUGUAGAUGGUUGAAGAAUCCUACUGAUAUGCAAAGGAGUCUCUUCUCUUUUGAGCCAGAGUUCUAAACAAUCAGCGCUGCAGCUACAAAGGUCUGAAGCAGCAAAUUGAUUGAAACCAGAUCUCAAACUUCAGAGACUGCUACUUGGCACUCGCAAGAAGGCCAAGGUAUAUGUCUCCUACCGCUUUGAUGCAUACUCUAGGAAAACUGAAAUAGCACUCAAUAGAGAUGAAUCUCAUGCUGUACAUGUACAAUUCCUCACAUGGAAGCUUUCAAGCAUUUUAACGCUUGCAAUUCUCAUUUUGCCCACAUUUAGUCAUUCAAAAUGGUCUUUUCCCUUAUACGAGCGAGCUGUAAAUACAAAUCCUGAUAACGAAUCCAAUUGCUUCUCAGUUUACAUAUUCUUUCUCAAUAUUGUACUCUAGCUUGUUAGUAACAAUAGAGACGGUUGCACUUGAAGGGGCCGCAUUUGGUAGUAA